AUGACUUCCAAUACUCCACUUUGCACUCUUUCUCAACCUGAACGAGAAAAUCUCUUCAAAAAACAUGAAAUCUUCAAAAUUCAAGGCAAAGAUAAACGAGGCCACACUAUCCUUCGCGUAAUUGGAAAACACUUCCCAGCGAGGCUUCUGACUGUGGACGUACUGAAGAAAUACUUAGAGGAUGAGAUUUUCCCAAGUUUGGACGAAAACCCAUUUUCGAUGGUUUAUGUCAACACUGGUGUGAACAGAGGCGAUAACUUCCCAGGAAUUUUAGCUUUAAGAUCAAUCUACGAAGCAGUUCCAGUCAAAAUUAGAGAAAAUCUUGACUCAAUUUAUUUCGUCCACCCUGGAUUCCAGUCCCGCCUCUUCCUCGCUACCUUUGGCCGUCUCAUCUUCCCAGGACCCGGAGGGUGGUAUUGGAAGAUGAGGUAUGUAAACAGGUUGGAAUUUCUGUGGGAAAAUGUGAGGAGAAAGGAAAUUGAGAUACCUGAAUUUGUGUAUGAAGAGGAAGAAGAAAUGGAGUACCGUCCAUCCAUCUUGGAUUAUGGGAUGGAGAGUGAUCACCCAAGAUUACAUGGAGCUCCGGUUCUUGAUUGUACAGUUUCAACCUAUUCCAUGAGGGGUAUUGCUUAA